GGCCAGUCUGCCCGGACUCGUCGUUACUGGAACAACAGGAGCUGCAACUCCGCUGUGGAUAUUCUGGGACACCUGCCCGAUCGGAUGUGCAAUAUGACUUUUGAGGAAACCAGUGGAGAUAAUUCUUCAGAAAAAAUGGAAUCUGUGUCAAAAGCAUUGGAGGAAGUCCUCAGCGCUGCGUUACCUCAAGGUUGCAUCACUGUCGGGGUCUAUGAGGCAGCAAAGUCACUGAAUGCAGAUCCAGACAAUGUGGUCUUGUGUCUGCUGGCCACAGACGAGGAGGAGGAUGUGGCUCUUCAAAUUCAUUUCACCUUAAUCCAGGCAUUCUGCUGUGAGAAUGACAUCAACAUCCUGCGAGUGAGCAACAUGAGGCGUCUGGCAGAGAUACUAGGUGGAGUGAAACCUGGAGGGGAGCCCAUGGACUUGCAUUGCGUGCUAGUUACUAACCCUCAGUCGUCACAGUGGAAAGACCCUGCGCUGAGCAAAGUCAACAGAUUCUGCAGAGACAGUCGGUGUUUGGACCAGUGGGUGCCUGUCAUUAACCUGCCUGAUCGAUGACCCAGCAAAGACUUCAAAUGUUUUGCGUGUGUUGGGGAAAAAAACAACUGCACUAGACCUGUGUUAAUGUCUGUGUGGGACUUGGAUGGGCUCCAGUGAAAAGAGGAAUAGAUGGGAGGGGCAGAAAAAGAAGAUAAGGGAGAGAAACGUUCCAACACAUUUCCCGGGUCAGAGUGGAUUUACCAGCCGAGGAAGAGUGACUCAGCAAUCUGAGUUACAGGAUUUCCAAAGAAUGACUGUGCCUUUCUCCGUCGAGAAAGGAAAAACCCUUUACGGGAAACUGAAUCAUGUGAGUGGACAAACACGUGGUGGUGAGCACACACUUGAGCACAAGACUGGGAAAGCAGACAGAGAACCUCAGUUGACAAGACUCCAAGAGCUGGACUGUGCUGGAAAGGAGCGGUCUGAGCUUGUGGCUCAAGCAAUUCCUCAUGAAAAUUACGCCAAAUCUAAGAAUUUCUCUUAAAGCACAUUUAUUUAAUGCUGUUUCGUAUUUUAUGACCUGUCACUCUGAUCAUUCAAAAGGGAAAGUCAUAACAGGUUAUCAUAAGGGCAAUGCAAUGUAUUAACUGGUCCACUAACUGUUUUUAUGUGUUUUCAUUAAAUUAAUGACUUGUAUUUAUUUUGCAUAGUUUAUCAAGUACUACUUUGUUGAUAAGUUGAAUAAAAUAAAUCAAAACAUAAAUAGUUUAUGAGGUGUUUUU